AUGUCGUCGGUGUUGGCUCGGCGAGGCCUCCUCUCGCGACGGUCCGCCCGCAUCCCUCUACAUGCCCGCACGGUAGUAAGUGCACCGACGCCCACGGUGACGACGGCAGCGGCAGCACCUGUGCAGGCACCUGCGCCUCCGAUGCCGGCGCGCGCACGGCAAAUGCUGCGCUGGCUGUGGCUCGAGCCGAGUGAGCGCCAUGAGCUGCAGCGGUAUGUGGACCAGGCGGAUACUUCCGAUGCGCCUGCAUGGUUUGCGUCGGCUUAUGCCCAGGCGCGGCAGUAUCGCAUGGCCCGCUCACGGCGCUGGCUCCCGUCGGCGGAGCUGGUCGGCGGCGAUGUCCAGGCAUUCCUGCGUAGGGAGAUGGAUACGAUGCACAUACAGAUCGAGCGUGGUGAGCAUCCCCUCUUGACGCUCGAGACAUGGACCGCGAUGGAUUUCGACGAAAAAGCUGAUGUGGUGCUCCAACGCGUGUGGCUCCGCAUGUCGGAAGAGCAGCGCGCCGCGGCACUGACGCGCGUGACAUAUGAAUGUGCUCGCCGACUCGGCUGGCGCUCAGGCUUUUCUUCCGGCUUUCCUGGCGACGAUGCGCCGAAGGAUCUGGUGAAGCGCCUCACCGCGUCCAUCGGCAAGACGGACGUGCGCCGCGAGCUGCAGGCUAUCGAGGAGCAGCGCGCGUGGGAUGCAUGGCAGCGUCUCUCGCCCGAAGAGCGCCGUACUGAAUGGCAAACGGCCUGGCAGCAGCGUGACCGCUCUAUGAUAUACGUCGAUGAUGCACCUACGACACGGCUCCACGGUGCGCCCGCGCCGAGAUGGUACGCCGUGCCGCAGCGCGCUGGCUCGCUGCAGUAUCUUCCGAACAUUCUGAUCCGGCUCGUCCGGAACCACACGCCCCGGGGCCAAGCAUACGACGUGUGGAAGGCCACGUUCCGCGUGCCGCUCCACAUGCACAAGCACGAGCUGCGCUCGUACCUGCUGGCUGUGUACGGCUUGCGCACGACCUGGGCGCGCUCGAUGGUGUACCGCUCCCCGAUUGUGUUCAGUGCCGCCAAGCGCCGCCGUGUCGUGGGCCAAGGCCGGACGUUUAAAAAAGUGGAGGUAGGUCUGCUGGAGCCGUUUGUCUUCCCCAGUGUGAGCCAAGCCUUCUUGCGGACGCAUCUCUUUAGCCAGGAGAUGAUGUACGAAGAGCGGCGUUUGCUGCUCAAGAUGACCAAGGGCCGCCGCUGGCGCAGUCACAAGAGCGUCACGGAUCUCUCGCGGGCCCUCGAUAACCACUGGGAGGGCCACAAUGCGGGGGCGCCGGCCGAGUCAGCCGACGGACAGCCCUCGGCGCAGCUGCUCGUGCGCAAGCGGUCGGUGCCGACGGCGCGUCACAGCAACAUUCUGUCGGCGAUCUCCGAGCGCCGUGCGCAGCGCGAGGCGCGUGUCCGGGCGUUCCUGGACGAAAAGCGCUCGUCAUAG